AUCCGUUUUGCGUGAUUGCACAUGUUGGCAUGCUAUAAGUUUAAUAAGGGGCACUCCAUAUUUAUUUACUGAGUUUAUCUCAUAGUUUUUCCUUGUCCACCAUUUCAGGAAGUGAAACCGAGGACGGGGAAACCACAGGAAGUGACGAGUUAGAAAGCUAGCCAUUUCGAGAUUGAUAUAGAUUUUAGAAAUAAAUCAUGAUCUUGUAAGCUAGAGUGUAUUUGGAGAUUUAUGAUAUCGGAGAAAUUUUAUAAUUUGAUCUUCAGAUUUUGAUGGUAUCAGAGUACGAUAUGAUUAAGUUCCGAGCCUUGUGCAUUUGUGGGACCCAUCUCACGAGUGCACGGCGUCUGUCGCGCCUCGAAUUCGGGUAUCGGAUUGAGAUGAUUCUUUAGGCGUUGGAAAGCUAAGAGGCAGAGCUACAAUUGAUGUUUUAUGAGCUUAACCCAGUUCUAGCUGUAUCAAUACAGAUUUUUGGUUGAAAGUGACGGUUUUGAAUGAACAGAAUGCAGAAAUAAAGAGAAUUGGGUUGUGUUUUAUAAGUGUGGGCCAACUGCAGUCUAGGCCCAAACUAAAGCCCAUUACUCAUGUCUGCUAGGGUUAAAAGAAAUAAGGGUUUUAAUUUCUGGAGAGAGAUAUAUAUGCUAGUCGGCAGAACAGAAGGGGGAGCCACACAAACGCGAGAGGAGUUGUUCUGCACAUUGGAAGAGAAGCCGUCCAGCCGCCCAGCCUUCUCGCCAUCCGCAUCUGUCGUUCACCAGCAGCAGAAGAAGACACAAAACCGCACAAAUCUGCUCUGCGAAUUGAGAACGCAAGAACCAAUUCCGUUUGCAGAAGAGCCACGCUGCCGCCCAGCCUUCUUGGGAGAUCCCGACCACAGCACACCAUUCGGCAAACUGCAAUUCUUCAUUGUUUGGGUUUUGUUGUUUCUGAACUUUUUAUUAUGAAUUUCUACUGGGAUUUAUUUUUCAUGGUGGUUGAAAACAUAUACAUGUGUGGCUAGAAUUCUUUGAACUAGGGAUGGAUGGAUUUUAAUUUUUGGAAUAUGUGACUAUUUUUGUUAGUUUAAUUCAAGAUUUAUU